UGCUGGGCCCGCGCUGGCGGCCCGUUGCUAGGAGGCGGGGACGCCUGCCUGCUGGGACCCGGGUCGGCGUAGGCCCCGCUGCCUGGAGGAGCCGAUCGGCGGCAGGUUGGUCUUCUCCGGGUGGCCCGCGCCUGCUGGGCCGAAGACGCGCGGCUGCCCCGGUCUCGAGGAGCGAUGGAGCCUGGGAAGAGAAGAACCAAAGAUGAUACUUGGAAAGCAGAUGACCUCAGAAGACACCUUAAGGCUGUACGAUCAGGUAGUCCCAAGGAAGAUAGGAAAGUUAGAGAAAAGAAGAUGCACAAGGAGGCAGAACUGGGCACUCUGGAGUACAGAGAACACAAGAGCCGGGACCCAGAACGAGAGGCCCGGCACAAGGAGAAGACUGCGGACAGAGACCUGUAUGCCUCCCUGGAACAUCUUCGUGGGGAGAGAGACCGGGAGAAGCACAAAGAAAGGAGGAAAGACAUGAAAGACCGUGAGAAAGACAAGCUGAAAGACAGACAUCGAGACCAAGAUGCUGAGAAGGCUUACAGUCGAGGCAAGGACAGAGAGAGAGAGAAGGAGAGAAGGGCCCGGAAAGAAGAGCUCAGACAAACUAUGACCUACCAUGACCUCCUGGGUCGGGAAAUGCGGGGCCGGCAGAUGGUGGAGAGGAAGGUCUACACAGUAACUAAAAUACGAACUGAGGAAAAAGAAAAGAGAGAUGAAGAUUCUGAAAGAGGAGAUGACGACAGAGAAAGAAGAUAUCGAGAAAGAAAGCUGCAGUAUGGAGACAGUAAGGAGAACCCUCUCAACUACUGGCUCUAUAAGGAGGAAGGUGAGAAGAAGCACAGGAGGGUGAAAGAUCCAGACCGGGAGAGGAAACACCGAGAGAAAAGCAGCACAAGGGAGAAGAGAGAGAAACACUCAAAAGAAAAGGGGAGCCUGCUGUCUGACAGGGAGGUGGAGGAGAGACACAGAGAGAAGCGGCACAAGGAGGGCCUUCACCAUGAUGAGGAGAGGCGCCGAAAUCACACAGAGAAGAAGGAGAGACCUUUCAAAGAGGAUCACAAGAAACGGGAGUCAAAGGAUCCUGAAAGGGAAGACAUUGAUUUAGAGGCUACCGGGGAUGAUGAGUACCUGGCCAAUUGUGAUGAAGACUUUGAAGACUAUGAAGAUGAUUUUGAGGUUUGUGAUGGAGAUGAUGACAGCUAUAAUGAGCACGACCCUAAAGAAAAGUCUGAAGAACUUCCUCUAGCUCAGAAAAGGGAAAUCCAGGAGAUUCAAAAGGCAAUCAGUGCAGAGAAUGAAAGGGUUGGCGAGCUGUCGUUGAAACUGUUUCAGAAGCAAGGUCGGAUGGAGUCCGUGAAGGAGCCCUGGGCAGAUACAAAUGGUUCCACUUCUAGAACCCCUGUUUGUGGGAUUUUUGUGGAUUUUGCAACAGCCUCACAUCGUCAAAAGAGUCGGAGUCAGGCCCUUAAGCAAAAGACACGAAGUACAAAACUUCUCCGGCUUAUUGAUUUAGACUUUUCAUUCACUUUUUCUCUCUUGGACCUACCACCAGUAAAUGAAUAUGACAUGUACAUAAGGAACUUUGGGAAAAAAAAUACCAAGCAGGCAUAUGUUCAGUACAACGAAGAUAAUGUUGAUAGAGAUGUUCAGACUGAAGAUAUAGACACCAGGGACGUUUGGACCCAGCACCCAGGGGAAGGCACUGCUGUAUCUGGAGGGAGUGAAGAAAAAGACUUCUCGGAUGUCACAGUCGUCCCAAAGAUUGACACACCACGGUUGUCCAGCUUUCUCCGGGCGGCAUGUCAGGUGGUUGCUGUUCUGCUGGAGGAGGACCGUCUGGCCGCUGGACCCAGCUGGAAUCCUCGGGUUCAAGACAAAGCUCUGAGCAUCAGCGACAGCUCCUCUCAGCUGAACACAAACCUGCUGUUUCUUCAGAGUCGGAAAGUAUCCUGUUUGCAUGCCUCUCGAGUUCAGAGGCAGAUUGUGGUGUCUGUUCAUGACUUACCUGAAAAGGCGUUUGCCCCGUCUCUGGAUACCAGGCACCUCCUCUGUGUGUGGGAUAUUUGGCAGCCUUCAGGGCCCCAGAAGGUUCUGAUAUGUGAGUCAAAGGUCACAUGUUGCUGCUUUAGCCCUUUAAAAGCGUUUUUGCUGUUUGCGGGCACAGCGCAUGGCUCUGUGGUUGUAUGGGACUUACGAGAAGACUCCAGGAUACAUCAUUAUGUGAGGCUGAGCGAUUGUCUCUGGGCCUUUAGGACCCCAACAUUUUCCACUGAUGGAAUCCUAACAUCAGUGAACCACCGAAGUCCUCUUCAAGCCAUUGAGCCAGUUGCCACAUCUGUCUACAAGAAACAGAGUUUUGUGCUUUCACCCAUUUCUACUCAAGAAGAAAUGGCGGGUUUGUCAUUUCACAUCGCUUCCCUGGAUGAGAGUGGGGUUCUCAACAUGUGGGUGGUUGUUGAGUUACCAAAAGCAGAUAUCUCAGGUUCAAUGAGUGAUUUAGGACUGAUACCUGGAGGGAGGAUCAAAUUGGUGCACAGUGCUGUGAUCCAGUUGGGCAUCAGUCUUUCCCAUAAAGAUAGUGAAUUGUGGGGGUGCACACAAACCCUGAGUGUCAAAUUCCUGCCUUCGGACCCUAAUCACUUUGUUGUUGGCACCAACAUGGGAUUUAUAAGCCACAGUACCAGACAAGACUGGAGAGUAUCUCCCAAGAUGUUCAAACCUCAGCAACGUGGUUUCAGACCAAUAAAAGUUAAUGUGAUUGAUUUUUCACCAUUUGAAGAAACAGUAUUCUUGGGUGCUUAGAAUUUAAUGGGAGGAUACCUGUGGUCAGUCAGCUCUAUGGAAACUAAUCCAGUCCCACAAACUAGUCAUCAGUCCCUUCUGAGGGCCACAAGCCCCUGACCUAGUUACCUUCCACCGGACUCCAUCCCUUAAAUGUCACACUGCCUCUCAACAUUGUUCUUUUGAGGACUGACUGUCUAUCACAUGCAUUAGUGGGGAGAAACUUCACUCAGACCAUAGCAGUGGCUUACCAUCCGACUGGCUAAGUGUGCAGCUCUAAGAUACAGAGCUCUUGAUGCCUCACAUAGAGAAGCCAGUUUUCAGCACUCAUGAUUCCCUUUGUGUCUGAGUCAGAAGUUGUACACCAAGAUGUUGUGUUCAGAGACCUUUUGCUUAGUUCUUACGCCUCUUUCUUGUAUGACUUUGCUGUUUAUAUGAAAUUAGGCUUUAAAAUAUGUCUUGGUUUGUAUUUUACUUUAGAAUUUGAUUUGACAUUUUAGUUGAUAUAUUAUUGUUUUGGAAUUUUAUACAAGUAUAUUGUAUAUCUUUUUUUGAGUAUGGAAAGGAUUAAAGAUUAAGGAAGAAUUAAUCUUCUCUGUAUAGGCUAGUAAUUGGUCUUUCACUAAAUUACUGAAGUUUUGUUUUUUUGAGAAUUUCAGUUCAAAGGGAACACAAAACCAUGCUGUUAGAACAAAUAAAACUGUAUAACGAGGUGAAGAGGACAUGCUCAGUCCUGAUGCAGCUUGAUGAGCUGGGGUUGAUGGGAGAGGGGGAGGAGGAGAGAGGGAGGAUGGGGCUGGGAGGGAUGGAGCUACAACAAGGAUGUAAAAUGAAUAAAAAGAGGUGACCUUCUACUUGUGAAGCCAGCCCCUGCACCCCGUGCUGGAGUCCGUGGCACUCAGCUCUUAGACACUCAUUUGCGUGAUGGCUCGUGUCAGUUUCCAGGGAGAGUGCCCACCAAUCUGCAUUUAAUGAUAUGUCUUUAUGUUCAGAAAACAAGAGCAGGCUAAAAUGUUUUUUUUUUGUACAGACAAAGAAAGCUAGUACUCUGAAAUUUUUUCCUGGGUGUUGAGAUUUAAUUUAAAAAGAAAGAAAAACAUAGGGUUUCCACACCCCA